CCACCCGCCCCGCCUCGCGCCCGGCCACGGACUCCCUGCCGCGCCGCCGUGCGCCCGGCCACGACCGCCCCACGAACGCCUGCCGGAGCCGAUGGCGGCUCCGGCGAGACACCGCCGCGAACCCACCCGAGGCCGCUCGUGGCCGCUGAUCUUCGUCGCCAUCCUCGCGGUCCACUCGCUGGCGAUCUUCCUCUUCACGCGCGGCUUCCUCCUCACCCGCACCGAGCUCGACCUCCACAGCCACCGGGACGACCGCACCGGCGUCUCCCCCGGGUGCUCCUCCUGGCCCCCGCCCGCCGUCGACCGCCUCGUCAUCGUCGUCCUCGACGCCCUCAGGUUCGAUUUCGUGGCGCCGAGUACAUUCUUCCAAGAGAAGCAGCCAUGGAUGGACAAGCUGCAGGUCCUGCAGAAGCUGGCAGCUGAUGAGAAGAAAUCUGCUAGGAUCUUCAAAGCGCUCGCUGACCCACCCACCACCAGCCUUCAGCGUCUUAAGGCUCUCACGACGGGUGGCCUCCCUACCUUUAUCGACGUCGGCAACAGCUUUGGAGCUCCAGCAAUAGUAGAAGACAAUAUAAUGCAUCAGCUGGCCAAAAGUGGAAAGAGGGUAGUCAUGAUGGGAGAUGAUACAUGGACACAGUUAUACCCAGAGCACUUCAACAAGUCAUUCCCGUACCCUUCUUUUAAUGUUAAAGAUCUUGACACAGUAGAUAAUGGUGUUAUGGAGCACUUGCUUCCGUCAUUGCACGAAAAUGAUUGGGAUGUUCUUAUUGCACAUUUUCUUGGUGUGGAUCAUGCAGGGCAUAUAUUUGGUGUUGACUCUACCCCAAUGAUCCAGAAGUUGGAGCAAUACAAUCAAAUCCUAGAGGAUGUAAUUGACACAUUGAGAAGUCUAUCAAAACCUGGUGGUCCCCAUGAAAACACUUUACUCCUUGUAAUGGGAGAUCAUGGCCAAACCCUAAACGGUGACCAUGGAGGAGGAACCGCUGAAGAGGUUGAAACAUCGCUGUUUGCAUGGAGUCCAAAGACACCACCCGAUGCUGUCUUAGCUGUUCUUGGUGAAGAUUCAUGCAAUUUUGAUCUGCAUGGGAAUGAAGUGUGCGUCAGCACUAUGCAGCAGCUUGACUUUGCAGUAACUGUAUCAACACUACUCGGUAUACCUUUUCCCUUUGGAAGCAUUGGACGUGUAAACCCAGAAUUGUAUGCUCUGAGUGCUGGGACAUGGGAUAAUCAAAAGAUGGAUAUCAAAUCAUGUACACCGUGGAAUGACCUAGAAGCAUGGAGAAGGAGAUAUGCUGAAGCCCUUUGUGUAAAUAGCUGGCAGGUGAAGAGAUACAUUGAUCAAUAUUCUAGUAGUUCUAUUAUUGGAUUUUCGGCUGAAUACCUGCACCAUGUCGCGGACCUGUAUUCAAAAGCUCAGGCAAACUGGUCAGACGCUCUGAAGUCUACAUGUCAAUUGGAAAUAGCCAGGGGAGAAGAAUUUAAGGAGAGCGCGAGUUCUGUUCUGCAGCUGCAAAUUGAUGCAUACUCUAGCUUCUUGGAAAGCUUUGCAAAUCUUGCUCGCUCUGCCUGGACGGAGUUUGAUUUAUGGUUGAUGGGCACUGGUCUUUUACUUAUGAUACUGUCAGUUAUCGCUCAGGGAUACACACUUGUGAAGCUGAAUUCUGUAUGUCAACCAUCAGAUCAGAAAAAUGCUGGUGUAAGGGUCAUCCCCAAAUUAUCCUUAGCUUUUACAUUGGUCGCAAUUCGAGCAGCGAGUUUACUAUCCAACAGCUAUAUAUUGACAGAAGGUAGAGUUGCGAACUUCCUUUUGUCCACGAGUUGCAUUGCCGGCGUGUGGCACUCGGUCACGAAAGGAAACUUCAGCAUAGAAGAAUUUGUUUUUAUUCUUCUAAAUAUUUUUACACGAUUUGGAAUUGAGUUUGGUAUGUCAAAACAAAUUGCUGGGUCAACAGCUACAAAAGAGCACCCCGUGAGCAUUGUCUGUGAAAUUUUUGGUUCCAAUUUUUGCAAUGUCUUCAUGGCUAUAUUCCCCAUCAUAUUGCUUGCCUUGGUGGCAUACAUUGUAUUGAAGUUCAGCACCUCUGCGAUCCACGAGAGGUUCUUGAAGUACUUAAUUAUGUCUGGAACCAUCUUGAGUUAUGCCUUUAUAGCAAAUCAUUGGGCUGCUGAAAGUACUUUGUUGUCUCAUCCUAAAGCUAAUCGAGAUAUUGGAAUAAGAUUGGCUCCUCGCUUUGUUUAUGCUAUUGGAGCUUUCUCACUGGCGAUAUCUGUACUUUGCCGAUUGUUUGGGCCAGUCGAUUGUUUGAAGUUGAACAAAAGGAUAACUAGUUUAUCAGCAGCCAUGCUGUGUUCAUGGAGCCCAACUAUCUUGAUCUUGUUGGGGAGGCAAGGUUCUUUGGUGGCGUUAAUUUGCAUCAUCGGAGCUUGGUGUAUAAUUAAGUUACAGCAGAAGUAUGAGAAAGACUUGAAACUUGACAUAAUCGGGAGUUGUGUUGUUAACCCUGUAUCGGUAACACAAUGGAGCCUUCUUGCAGUUUGUCUGUUUUAUCUGACUGGUCACUGGUGUACCUUCGACGGCCUCCGCUAUGGUGCUGCAUUCAUUGGGUUUGAUCAUUUCCAUAUCAUCCGUCAAGGGUUUCUUCUGUCCAUUGAUACCUUCGGUGUUUCUCACAUCCUACCAGUUCUCAGUCUUCCUUUUAUUGCCAUCUACUGUUGUAAUAUGGCGUCCAAGAAAAGCAAGGUGAAGGAUGUUACCAUCAAUAUUCUAAUACAGGUCCAUUUGAUGUAUGGUCUAAUUACAGCUAUCACUACGACAGUUACAAUCAUAUGUGUCACGAUUCAAAGGCGUCACUUGAUGGUCUGGGGUUUGUUUGCACCGAAAUAUGUAUUUGAUGCGAUUGGGCUUCUGCUAACAGACCUGCUGAUUUGUCUCGCAUCUCUCUACUACUGCUGACGUUGCUUCUCUUGGUUCCCCCGGUACAAGAUAUUAUACAUUUAAUGAGUGCCUCGCAACUAGUGCUGACAAUUUUUCAACGAGCUAGUCAAUGGUGUAAGAUCGUUUAGAUUAAUUCAUAGUCCGUCCUUGUACCUUUUUUGUGUGCUGGAGACUAUGGUCCUGCAGUUUUAAUGAACAAGCUUAUAUGAUGAUUAGCUAAUGAACAAACAAGGAUGCUUAUCCGACUCAAGUGAGUUGAUUAGCGGAUGCUUACUCAAGUGAGUUGAUUAGCGGUGUGCAGUUUAUCUACUUCAAUUUGUACAGACAUCAAUGUUAAAUAUCACGUCAAUCAUCAUAAUCUUUAGUUGUAACAUUUUCA